AUGGACAAGAAUUCUGAAAACAAAACAUAUACAGCCGAAGAUAAAAAGAAGGCUUUAAUGUAUCUUGAAAAAUUUGUGCGUGAAGAUGAUUCUGCGAAAUACGUUAUCGAUCCAAAAAACGUUCUUUGCAGGACAAAAGAUGAUGCCGUCAAAGUUAGUUGUAUAAAAUUGAAUGAAUUGGAUGAAAAAGAAAUCUUUGCUCAUAUGCAAAAUCUUGGUUUUUAUUGUGCUUUAUCUCAGGAUCCAAAUCAAUUUGGAAUUGAAUAUAUAAACAAAAUGUCAAUUAAUAAAGACACUGCAAUUUUACAUACUGCCUUUUUGAAACUGAUUGAUAAAAUCUUGGAACAGGUUCCGCCAAACAGUAAUUUUCAAAAUUGGGAUGUUUAUUCAGGAAUGGCCGGGUUAUCGCUCCUUUUCAUGAAAGUUCAUGAAUGUGACCCAGGGGUGAUGUUUGGCCCAAAAAGUGCACUGACCAUCGCAGAUGAGUACAUCGAUAACGCUCUUUCAUCACACAUGAAACUUCAUAAUACACCUAGCGAAGCCGGCUUGCCCGGAUUUAUUGAACACGAGUGCGGUUUUCUCUCUACCGCUGUCGGAUUAUACUCCGUAGCGGCUCAUGUUAAACAUCAUACCGGAGACCAAGAAUCUUCGCAUAGAUAUCUCAACUUGAUACAAUCGCAUUUCUCCAAGUCGGCACUUUCAAUUAAAACACCGAGCGAAUUACUACACGGUCGUGCCGGUCGUCAAGAAAAUGGAAAUUGGCCUCAUACCCUGUUUGAACCCAAUAAUAAUUUGGUUCAAUUCUGUCAUGGAGCUACUGGAAUUUGUUUUUUGGCUUGUAAAGCAUAUGAAGUAUUUAAAGAAAAGGAAUAUUUAGAUCUCGCUGAAGAAAUCGCAGAUUAUAUAUAUUUACAUGGAAAAACGCGUAAAGGAGUAGGAUUAUGCCAUGGAAUUUCCGGAAAUGCGUAUCCAUUUUUAUCGGUUUAUAAACUUACCGAGGAUCACAAAUAUUUACGAUAUGCUUUGGAAUAUGCCAAUAUCUGUGCUCAAUGGGAGGAAAAAGUCGAACAAGGAGAAUUUAGUCAUUCCGAUAAACCUUGGUCCGUUUAUGAAGGCAUUGGCGGAGCAAUUUGGCUCAUUUCCGACUUAAUAUAUUGGGAUCAGGAAAUUUUCAAAGGUUUUCCAGGAUUGACAGAUGUUUAA